AUGAGUCGCGGUGGGAAGCUUGCCCCAGAAGUCAACCGUGCUCUAUUCGUCAAGAACUUGAGCUACAACGUCACCCCGGAAGAGUUAUUCGACCUCUUCGGCAAGUUCGGCCCUAUCCGUCAGAUCCGUCAGGGCAUCGCGAACAACACAAAGGGCACCGUCUUCGUUGUCUAUGAGGAUGUGAUGGACGCCAAAGGCGCAUGUGAGAAGCUCAACGGCUUCAACUUCCAGAACCGGUAUCUGGUUGUACUCUAUCAUCAGCCCGAGAAAAUGGCCCGAUCAAAAGAAGACCUAGAGGACCGCAAGGCCAAAUUAGAAGCGCUGAAACAGGAACAUGGCAUCGAAUAG